CAAAAUGACGGAACCGGAAUUACAACUGUUGACCUAACGUUAGGUGGCCAGUUUCCUUUCUCGUACGGCAACAACUGGAAAAGUUUUCACAACUGUUUUGAAUACACGCAAUAAGUUUGCUUCGCGGCAUAUAACGUUACAUUAUUUUGUCCCGUAUAUUAGAGAAGACUGAUGUGGAUUUGUUGAUGGAUUCAAGAUACAAUAUCCAGCGGAGAGGCGGUGGUGGGAGCAUUAACAGCGGUCGCUCCAUCGGAGGGUCCCCCGCUCUUACAGGAGCUCAGUCGCGCCGGAGGAAGAUACCGCCCAGGCCGGCCGAUUACAAACUGCAGAUAAUUAUAAUCGGCUCUCGUGGAGUAGGGAAAACAAGUCUGAUGGAGAGAUUCACCGAUGAUACGUUCUGCGAAGCAUGCAAGUCCACCGUUGGAGUUGAUUUUAAAAUCAAAACUGUAGAUUUGAGAGGGAAGAAGAUAAGAUUGCAGAUCUGGGACACUGCAGGGCAGGAGAGGUUUAACAGCAUCACCUCGGCCUACUACCGCGGCGCCAAGGGCAUCGUGCUGGUGUAUGACAUCACCAAGCAGGAGACCUUCGACGACUUGCCAAAAUGGAUGAAAAUGAUUGACAAGUACGCCUCGGAAGAUGCUGAGCUUUUGCUUGUUGGAAAUAAGCUGGACUGUGAGACUGACAGAAUAAUAACUCGGCAGCAAGGUGAAAGAUUUUCUUCACGGAUAUCUGGGAUGCGGUUUUGCGAGGCGAGUGCCAAGGAUAACUUUAAUGUAGACGAGAUAUUCUUGAAACUGGUGGAUGACAUUCUGAGUAAGAUGCCUCUGGAGGUCCCCAGCAAGGCCUUGUCCAACAGCAUCCUUUCACUGCAGCCGGAGCCAGAAGUGCCUCCAGAGCUCCCUCCCCCGCGAAUGCGCUGCUGCUAGGCCCCCCCCCCCCCCAUCGCCCCGCCCUGCACUCAGCCAUUCUCACCAGCAGGGGGCAGCAUGGACCUGGCCCGUUCGCCAGAUACUCCCCAGCAUUUCACCACGCCUGUUCCUCCAGAGCAGUACGACACUUCACACAGUGCCAGAAUCACAAGCACACACAUCACACGCUUCCUUUGCAGACUACCUCAAGUUCAGGACAAGUGACUUAGGUCCAGCAGGUGCCUUCAGGGUAGAUAUCCCACGCUGCCCUGCAGAAAAAGGAAGCAGUGCCUUUUGGAUGAUUGGCUCCUUCCUUGGCUCCAUUUGUCAUUGUGGUGGGGCUACUAGGAAGUGGGGCUAGAUUAAGCACUUCGAUUCGUAGAUGAUCCCGUAAAGUAGUGCGCUCAGACUUCAUGAACACACUCCACUCUCUGAUUUUUAUAUAGUGUGAACGCAAGGGGGAUCAUGUGACCGGACGAACGGCAAGUGUUGGUACAGUACACAGCCUUCCGUAGGUCUUACGUCAUUUCUUAUGUAACAUUUUACAUCAGGGUUACAUAGUGUUCAUGGAGGUCUGAAGUUUAUAUGAGUGUCUGGAAUGCCCAAAUCUCAAAAACAGGUGGUUAAACAAGGGGUGGGCAUCUUUGCAUUGUUCACUUAGGGAGAAGGCCAUGAAAUGCUCUUUCUGAAUAACUGAGUUAUGAUUCUCUCCUUUAUGCAUUUUUUUUAUCUUUAGCUGACUGAAAGGUGGGAGAGAAAAGGUUUUUUUGGUCUGACUUGUUUUCAUGAAAAUCUCCUGGUUUUCAUGAAAUGGGGUUUGGGGUUAAAAGUGCCUGUGUCACUGUCAACGCUAAAUUCUGUUUUAUAACCAAUACCACUGAUAAUCCUAAAACACUAAAACAAAACAUAUCUUUACACAUUUCUGAAAAGAAACGGUCUUCUCCUAAGCCUUUUUUUUUUGAAGGAUCUUUUUUUCAACUGCUUUUUUUCAAAUGUUUUGAAAAUGUUAAUGCCAUCCAUCAUUUGAAAGAUGAGGACUUAAGCUUCAGAUAUUUGCACUGAAUGCUGGAUUCCCAUCACAAUGACAAGAAAAACCAAGCAAAACAUAUCAAUCACAGCACAGCGAUUUCUCAGGUUCAAUGGUUAUGUCAAAUCAACAUCAGACAAAAACUGUUGGCAUAAUGGGCGUAUGUGAUUGAAAGCCAGGGACAGGGGGGUUAACGCACUUAUCCCUGAAUAUAACAGAUGAAGAGAAUAAGACAUUCUGGACUGAAUGAAAUAUGAAUACUGUUCUUGCCAGUCCCCUGGUUUACACAACAUUUUAAAAAAGUCAAAUGUACAGAAAUAAUCAUUAGAUGCUUGACUGACUUGGGUCUCUUAUUAAAAGGGAGCCAUUGAAAUAUUUUACCUUGUGUAUUCUUGGGGUCUAAAAGAGUGGUUUAAACAUAAUUUUGCAGAAUACAUUGAAUUACAACUUGUUAUUGACAGAA